AGGAGCGCGGGGACCGUUGGGAAAGCAGCAGCGGCGUCGGCGUCGUGUGUCCAGAGGUCUUCCGGCCGGCGUCUGAGGCGGAGGCUCCUCCUUGUGCUCUGAGGUGAUCAUGAGGCCGGGCGGGAGCCUCCCCUUCUUCUUCUCCUUCCUCCUCCCCUUGUCCCCCGUCCUCUAGCCCGGCGGGUCCCUCCGCGCCUCCGCCAUGGGGAACACCGUCACCUGCUGCGUCUCUCCCGGCGCCAGCCCCAAGAUGGGACGAGCCAGAGGGGCGGCUGUAGGGGCGGCAGCGGGAGGCGGAGGGGGAGGCCUUGGCGCGGCGGCGGCGGGGGCCUUGGAGCGCCGCGGAACUGCCUACCGAGAGAUCACUGAGGCGGAGUCCGGGGACUCGGACCCCGGCGGAGGAGGAGGAGAGGGGCCCCACCUGCAGCAUAUCAGCGACCGCGAGUUCCCGGAUGAUUUAGCAUUGGAGUCAAAUCCAUCUGACCAUCCUGGAGCAAGCCCAAUUUUCUUGAGCAAAUCCCAACCAGAUGUGAGAGAGAAGAGGAAAAGCAACCACAUCAACCACGUUUCCCCAGGGCAGCUUACAAAAAAAUAUAGUUCAUGUUCAACAAUAUUUCUAGAUGACAGCACAGUCAGCCAGCCUAAUCUUAGGAGCACAAUAAAAUGUGUUACAUUAGCAAUAUAUUAUCACAUAAAGAACAGGGAUUCAGAUAGAUCGCUGGAUAUUUUUGAUGAGAAAUCACAUCCACUCACGCGAGAAGAGGUUCCAGAUGACUACUAUAAGCAUGACCCUGAUCACAAGCACAUCUAUCGCUUUGUCCGUACCCUUUUUAGUGCAGCACAGCUGACGGCCGAAUGUGCAAUAGUGACACUGGUUUACUUGGAAAGACUUUUAACCUAUGCAGAGAUUGACAUCUGCCCAAGUAACUGGAAGAGAAUAGUUUUAGGUGCUAUACUGCUAGCUUCCAAGGUAUGGGAUGAUCAGGCUGUGUGGAAUGUGGAUUACUGCCAAAUACUGAAGGAUAUUACAGUUGAAGACAUGAACGAGAUGGAAAGGCACUUCUUGGAGCUGCUGCAGUUCAAUAUCAAUGUUCCUGCCAGUGUUUACGCCAAAUACUACUUUGACCUUCGCUCCUUAGCAGAUGACAACAACCUGAACUUUCUACUGGAGCCCCUUAGUAAAGAGCGAGCGCAGAAACUGGAGGCAAUCUCCAGACUCUGUGAAGACAAGUACAAAGAUUUGUCAAAAGCUGCUAUGAGACGAUCGUUCAGUGCUGAUAACUUAGUUGGCAUUCGCCGAUGUAAUGCAAUCCUCUCUUGAGCAAGAUGGAAAGCUGCGACAUUGUGGCACCAGCAUUCCUAUGAAUGGGAAUACCACCUUCACUCCAAGCUCACAAGUCAGCAGUGAUGGUGUCUUCCAGCCAGAGGACAGGGUGAGCAAAUCAAGCCAAGGAAGCCCAGAGCCAGAGGAGCAUAAUUCCAUGGGGAGCGGGGGGGAAGAUGGGACCUUGUCAAAUGGGCACACUCCUUUAAAACUCCAGAGAUGCAGGAACUGUUUGGAGAUAUCUUUUGGUUUCCCUUUUCUCCUCACCCACCCACCCCCUCCAAUCCACAGAAGUUUGCUUACUGUGUAGGCCUAUAGCUGUGAACUAUGUGAGUUUUUUUUUAAUAAUGACUAGUUUUAAUUUUAGAAUUUGAACAUUAACACAAGAAUAAUCACAAUGUUUUCCUCCCUCAGUCAACCAGGUCCUGGCUGCAGUUGCCUUUCAGAGUCAGUGUUCACACAGUGUAAAGCCACUCUGGGAAUAUUGCUGUAGCCCUGACGAGUGAUAGGGUCUUCUCCCACACCACUCCCUCACCACGCAUUUACUAAUAAGGCUGUUGGUUGGUACACUGGUGUUCAGUUAGAGGCCGAGCUGCUGAGCAGCAAGUGAUGUUCACUGUGUAAACACAAUCUCCCCAUUUUGAGGUUGUCAAGGGACUGGAAUUGUUUAAUGAUAGGAGCAGAAAAAUGGCAUUUGGUGUUCACUGAGAUUAAAACAAGUUGGUCAGGGGCCACUUCUUGUCAGCUAUGGUGCUUCUCAUGUUCUUGUCCUUCUAGGCAAGGCCUGGGAGAAAUGCAGUCAGUCCAUCAUACACUCUUCUUCUUUUUGCCUGAAGUUCUGAAUAGAGCUACAUUGAAAGCUUAGUCUGAACAAAUACACUGAUUUGACGAUGAACAGACAAUAAGGCUGCUGUGCUGAACUUUUCUACUAUAAACAAUGGAUAUGGAGCAUGUUUUGCUUUUGUCCUAUGCUUCCAAAAAGCUUUAGGUUCACAGUGGGGAAGUCUUUUGAUGGUUCUGGACUUGUUGAUGAGGGAGGCAUGGUAAUCUUUAGUUCAUAUAAUUGCCUUUAAAAAGACUUCUUUCCUUAAAAGCUUGGUAUUUAAUGGCCCUUGCUCUGGAAGUAAACUACUAAAGGUUGGAUCUUCCUGUAAAGUUGUUCUUCCAGAGUGGGAAUUUAGAAUGAAUUGAUUUUUUUGCUCCUAAAAGCAGGAAGCAUUAGUAAACUACCUGGAUUACAGACCUUUACGGCUCCAGGUCAAAAUAUUCAAAUCAUUUGUAUUUCAAAGCAUCCAAUGUUUGAUGUAGCACAGACUCUUGUGCAGUCUCUCUUACAAUCUGGUCCCUUUUGUCAUAUUUAAUACCAAGCCCAACCUGCUUCAUGAGUGUACACUAGCACUCAGACUGUUAUAGUCUCAUGCAGUAUUUUAAUCUACCAGCCCCAGGCAGGCAUUCUACAGCGUCUGUGGCUUCAGGUAUUGAUCACAAUUCAAUUUUGAAACAAAUGCUACAUCUUCAGGUGGCUUUCCUUUCUCAUGUUUGUAUUAAAAGAGAAGCUAAUAAUAAACUCUAUUUUAAUUAAGA